AUGCCCUUCACGCACUUAAAACCCUUGAACCGGCUGCUGGGUAGCCCCAGGGCUCGGCAUCCGCAUGUCGCACCCCAGGCCGUCUCCGUCACCAACACGAGCACCACGCGGCCGGGCGGCAGGAGCUCCGCGCCAGGGAUCCCAGGCGACGCGGAGUACGAUGUAGUCAUCGUGGGAGCGGGCAUCUCCGGCCUCACCACCGCGCAGGCCCUGGCAAAGCAGUACUCCGACGCCGUGCCCCGCCUGCUGGUGACGGAAGCGCGAGACUGCGUGGGCGGCAACAUCAUCACCCGGCGCGACGGCGGGUACCAGUGGGAGGAGGGCCCCAACUCCUUCCAGCCCUCCGACGCCGUGCUGCGCGCGGCGGUGGAUGCCGGCGUGGCGGACCGCCUGGUGCUGGGCGACCCCAAGGCCCCGCGCUACGUGUACUGGGGCGGGCGCCUGCGCGCCACGCCCUCCGGCCCGGACGUCCUCACCUUCGACCUGCUCAGCCUGUGGGGCAAGCUGCGCGCGGGGCUGGGCGCGGCCGGGUUCAAGGCCCCCCUGCCGGAGCGGGAGGAGUCGGUGAAGGAGUUUGUGACACGCAACCUGGGGGAGGAGGUGUUCCAGCGCCUCAUCGAGCCCUUCUGCUCCGGGGUCUACGCCGGCGAUCCCGCAAAGCUCUCCAUGAAGGCCGCCUUUGGCAAGGUCUACGACCUGGAGAAGGGGGGCGGGUCCAUUGUGGGGGGGGUGCUGGCGCUGAUGAAGGCACGAAAGCAAAAGCCGCCGGAGCCCCGCCCCGCAGACCUGCCGCCCAAGCCCAAGGGCCAAACCGUGGGCUCCUUUGACAAGGGCUUGGUCACGCUGCCGAGCGCCAUUGCAGAGGAGCUGGGAGACCGGGUGGUGACGGGGUGGAAGCUGGAGAGCAUCGAUCGCAGCGGCGAUCGAUUCCAACUGACGUACGACACGCCGCAGGGCAGGAAGAAAGUGAGCGCACGCAGCGUGGCACUGACCGUGCCCGCAUACACCGCCGCCAGCCUGCUGGAGUCGCGCUUUCCCAAGCUAGGCAAGGCGCUGAGCAGCAUCUACUAUCCACCCGUGGCCUCGGUGGCGCUUUCCUACCCUGAGACUGCCAUCCUGCCCGAGCGCUUGGGCUCUGACGGCCACCUCGCAGGUUUCGGGCAGCUGCACCCCAGGACUCAGGGUGUCACCACCCUCGGCACCAUUUAUGCCAGCAGCCUCUUCCCCGGGAGGGUCCCGGAGGGCAAGGUCCUGCUGCUCAGCUACUUUGGGGGAGCCACCAACACCCGAGUGGCGACCAUGCCGCACGGAGAGAUUGUGUCCCAGGUGGACAAGGAUCUACGGAAGAUGCUGAUCCGAAGCGACGCAGAGUCCCCACACACUGUGAACGUCACUGUGUGGCCCAGGGCCAUCCCACAGUUCAAUGUCGGGCACACAGACUUGAUCCAGGAGGCCAAGGAUGACUUGGCGUCGCAGGGGUGGCAGGGUCUGCACCUUGGAGGAAACUACGUCGCAGGUGUCGCACUUGGCAAGUGCAUGGAGGCAGGGUACAAGCAGGCGGCAGAGCUGGCGUCACAUGUCAAGAGCCUUGCUACUUGA